GACAGUGACGGCUUACAAGUACUUCAACGAGGACGUUGCACACGCAUUUCAGAAGGGCGUGCUAUACCUGAAUGAACAAACUGGUCUUGUACAGUGGCAGUGUGGCAGCAAUAUCACGUGUUGGCACGGUUCGUGGAAUUUCGGGGAUGGCACUUUCAGUAUAUAUUUCGACAGCCGUGCUGGUCUUCGCCCCGACAAGAACAAUAUCAUCUUGAAGUCCUCGUUCCUGUUCGAGACUGGAG